CUAUGACCGACGUCUUUUGACUUCGCAAGUCUGAUUUAGAUCUUGUCUUCAGGAGACUGCUCAUGAGAUCUGUCAGUUCAAAAUGUUUACCCUCACGUUCUAAUGUCUUUGGAUUCUUUCAACAACAACCCUCGACGAGCUCUUUAAGCUGCAUCCAUCAUUCGGACAGCUCACUCCAAGGGCACAGGACAUCGCGACUCGAUGUGCAGACAUCUCUCGUCUACGUUGUCAAAAAACUAGCCAUGUUUGUUCAGCACUCUCUCAUUACGGCUUCCUCGAGAUCCGAGAAGCUGCUGCGCCGAGAUUCCUUGAGCACACACUGCGGGUGUUGUCGCCUUUGAAAUCCUCAAGAUAUCUAGGUGAAGGUAAAGAUGUCACUGCUGUGUCGCGAUUCAUCCCAUUUCCUUUUCCCUUUCUGUCGUUGAAAUUGUGUUUUCAU